AUGGCGAACAGUGGUGACCCCGGUCGAGACAAGGAUACCAAACCUGGCAAGAUCAAGGUGAAGAAGACGGCCAAGGCAUCUACGAAGAAGAAGGCAGACGAGGCCAAAGACGGUCCUGUCGAUACCUCCCCUGCCGCCUCUCCUCUCCCCACCCUUGACAGCAAAGUUGUCUCUGUAUUCCCGACCGGCAAGCCGCGCGAGGAUGACCUCCUUGAGACCGUAAUAUGCAAGCAUUGCAAGCGACCCACUCUUAAGCAGACCGCAGCGGACCAUGUCCGCGGCUGCUUGAAGGCCAAGCAGGAGAAGGCGCGCAAAAAGAAGGAAGCCCGCGACGCGGCCAAUCGCCUGAAGGCUGGCGACGAUAGAGACGAUGACGGCCCCGACAAGGUCGACGGAGACAACCCCAAUAUGGGUCAGAAAAGCGCCAAAAAGAGCGCUACCAAGGGCACCGACGAUGGCAAUAAGAAGGGCAAGAAGCGCAAGGCCGAUGAGGAUGACGGCAAGGAGUCAAAGAAAAAGAAGAAGAAGGACGAGCCCAAGCAAAAGACGGCCAAGCCGAAGGGCCCCGUCGAUGUUGAAAAACAGUGUGGUGUUACUCUUCCCAACGGCGCGCAGUGUGCUCGUUCCUUGACCUGCAAGAGCCAUUCAAUGGGUGCCAAGCGCUCGGUUCCUGGACGGACACUGCCGUAUGAUAUGCUUCUCCAGCAGUACCAGAAGAAGAACCAGGCUCGCCAGCAGAAGGCUGCUAUUGAUGCCAACGCUCCUCUGCAGGAAGACAUCGAGAACACAGGUCCUAUUGACUCGGAUGAGGAAAGAGACGCUGUCAUGGCUGCCAUUGCCCGUUCUGCACCUCAGCCUCUUGUUCGCCAUCCCUUAAUCACCACUAAGUCAAAAUACCGAUACGUCCGCAUCAAAGAGCAGAUGUCGCAUGCCAUGGGAGUUCGAAACGGCGGUGGUCUUUUCUCCAACGAUGACAGCCAACCCCUUUUCGGUGGCAUUCUUUUUUCGACUGUCGCCCCCGAUUUAGACUCAUCGUCCCUUGACGCCAAUGGGGAGGCUGAUGUCUCUGCUGGCGGAAUGGAUGUAGGCAAGAGACCCGGUGUUCCAGGUGGUCGCAAAACUCCGGUCACUUCAGCCGCUUGA